AUGCUGAUGUUUUCAUUCAACAAGGAAGAAGCUGUUAUAGCAAGUGCCGCUUCACAUCUUGGCGCUGGAGUCAUUGGUGUCAUCCUCUAUUUUGUGUUCAUUUUCUACGACCUUUCAAAAUGGCCCUUUUCUGCUAACUCAGCACUUUGUAAUAAGAAAUCUGUUCCAGGUUCCGAUGCGGGUUGCUUUAGUGAUAGGUUCACUUGGUGCGAUAACCUCCCACAAGUUUCCCCAUUUGUGAGUUGUUUUUAUCGGCUGAAGUUAUUACUCUCUGCUUUCACUAUUUCUACUAGACCGUACGGUAAUGUGUACUACACAAUGUUUGUUCUUGUGUUUGGAUUCGGAGUUUCCAUCAUGAAUAUAGCUAUCACUACGCUCUAUUCGGAAGUGAUCGGACCACGGCGACAGUCUGAAAAGGAGCACACCGAUGGGGAUGACCUGAUGGACGGCUUCCUCUACACGGCGUUCGGUCCACAAGCCCCAUGGCUCUUAGAUGUGGCUCUAAUUUGCCUGAUAAUUGCAUCAUGGCUGAUAUUCCGUAAGAAGAUGGUUCCGCUUGAGAGCAGAAUUAUACCGAAGAUAUCCUCCACGAAGGAGGAAAGUUGA